AUGGCGUCUUCAUCCCCAGAGGCAAAGCCAGACAGAGCAGCCCGCGAAGCAGAGUAUCAAGCACUAUGGCAGGUCUGUGAUCGAGCAACUCGCAAGCAUGAGUACAUCUACGCCGACGACAGACUCAAGCGUUCGCUUCUCGAAGAUGCAUGCGAUUCUAUCAUGCUGAAGAGACAAAAGGUCGGCAAGGCCCCGUGCGGAACUGACAUCUCCGCCAUGGUGAGCCUUCAUCUUCAGCGAGAAGUCACCGGCCGUCUUCUCGCGACUGCCCGUAUGGGCGUUCCAACCCCUUCGCCGAAUCCGAUGCCGUAUAUGAGCAGCGGGCCUGCGUUCAAUGCGCCGCAGGAUGCGUAUCCUGCUAACCCAAGUACCUUCAAUGGCAAUCCGGCUGCAUACAAUGUCACCCAGGCACCGCUCCACGCAAUCCAGCAGCCCCAAGCUCGCGUCUCCCCCCCAGACUUUGACUUCUCCAUCCCAAACAGUACCGAAGAACUGCGAGAAGACAUGGACAAGGUCAUCAACACCCUCCGCGAGUACGCUAGAAGAAUCGCCGCUCUCGAAAACAAACUCGACAAGUUCACGCAGGAGCGCGACAUGUGGAAGGCUGGGACGAUAGGCAUGACGAACGCCGACAUGAGCAAGGCCGCAUCUGUUCCUCCAGGCAUGUUCCACUGCCCCAUUGAGGGGAUCGAGGGUUUUUCUGCCGUCGCCUAUUCGCACCCUAGACCUCUCACGCCUAGAAGUCAGACGCAGGGAAGGGAUGAGGAAGGGGAGGGGACGUAUCAGCCUGGGAAUUGAGCCUUGGAUGGAGGAUGGAGCCAGGCUUGCGAUGGGAGAAGGAGAUGAUGAGUUUUCAUGAGGGUGGUUGAUGCGAUAGUUGCUGGGGAAAAAAACUUGGGCGAUUGCUUGGUAUGAAUGCUUGGGACGGGCGCAUUGAAGCACGGUAUAUACAUCUUGCUUGGCCAUAUAGCUUGUAACGACUGACGACGACACGAAUAUGCAGCGCCUUCGGGCAAGAUACCCAUUAAUCAGCCGUUCCUCCAUCAACUAUAUACUCUCGCAAGGCGAAUCGUUACAAUAAGCCAGCCUAAUAUUUCCAUCGUCUACAAAAAAGCAAUCGUGCCAGGCGUAUCUG